AUGUGCGACAUCUCGGACCUUGACGAUCUAGUGGAAGACGUAAAAAUCAGCAAUCAAAAGUGAGUUUUAUCAAUUUUUUGUUUCUCUUUUGUUCUCAAGAGUAUCGCUAUAACUUAUCACAGUUUUUGGCUUUAAUUUUCCCGUGUUUAAACCUAGUUUUGUCUGUUUUUAUGCCUAGUAUAAUAUAAUUUUUAGAUCUUCGAAAAACGACUCCUUCUCGUGUCAAGAUAGUCACGGGAGGUCCAAGGAGCGAGGAAAUCACGGGACGUGCAAUUUUAAAGUCAGUGGGAAUCUUCCAGGGACCAGUAAUUUCAUCCGACCAGUUGCUCAAGGUGAAGAUGAUGAAUCGGUUCAGGUGACCGUUGUGUCGACAAAGUUGGAUGCCAAAAACUUUGAGUAGGUUGUUUAUGAAGCUGUCUUUGAUUUUUGAAUAUUUUAGGGCCUGGAAAAUUUCUUCUUCCUUUAGUUUUUAUCAAAACUACCUAUUUUUAGGUAUAAAUCAGAGUUUUUGCCGUCGAAAAGGGCCCAAAAAGCCCUGGAUCACCUUGGAUUCAACGAUUUUUUACCUGUUCAACGUGUUGCCCAGCCUUUUAUCUCAAAAUUUCCCUCGAGUGAUUUCAUUAUCAAAGCCCCAGCCGGUUCCGGGAAGACUUUUGCCUAUCUGAUCCCAAUUAUUGACCAAAUCCAGCGGAUCAAGGAACAGGAGAACUCCAAACUUAUAAAUAAAGUAGCGCCGUAUGCUGUGGUUGUCGCGCCGACAAGAGAAUUGGUUUCGCAACUCUACCAAGAGACCAAAAGUUAUUUGACAGGUCAGUUGCACUGUGCACAAAACAAAAUGUUACAAAAUUGCACGGUGCAAUAAAAUUUGAUGCGAUUUUUGCACGGUGCUAGGGCAAGAAAAUCACUGCGCACUGUGCGAUCGAAUUGAAAACUUUUUUCGUUGCACUGUGCAGUCAAAAAAUGGAGAAAUUGCACGGUGCAAUAAAAUUUGAUGCGAUUUUUGCACUGUGCAAGAGCAAGAAAAUCGCUGCGCACUGUGCGGCAGAAUUGAAAACUUUUUUCGUUGCACUGUGCAGUCAAAAAAUGGAGAAAUUUUUUCUGCACUGUGCAGUAGAAAUCAUUGGAAAUAAUUGCACAGUGCAUUGAAAAUUGGAUUUUUUGGUACACUAUACCAAAAAAAUCAUCUUAUUUGGGGUAUUUCCGGCACAGCGAAAUAAAAUUGAAAGGAUUUUUUGAUUGCACUGUGCGGGAAUUUUUGAAUACUUUUUUUUGCACAGUGCAGUGUAAAAAAUUUGCGCGAAAUUGCGAUGUGCAUUUGAAAUUUCGAAGUAAAUUUUACAGUGUAGAUUAAAAAUGGGAUCUUUUUUCCCACUAGGCGGAAAAAAAAAUUAUUCCGGGUCUGCACAGUGCAGUAAAACCUGAUUUUUUUCGUUUGCACUGUGCGGAAAAUUUAGUGAUAAAAAUUUCAAUUUUCCUUAAAAAUUGCGGUGUAAAAAUUGGAAAGCCAGAUAUUUUGACCAAAAACUGUCUCAAAGCAACAAAUUUUGUAUUUAUUUUCAGGCUACUCCUCCAACAUUCGCUGUGCCGUUGGAUUUGGCCAACAGGAAAUGAAGAACUCCUCCGCAUCCGUCGCCGAUGGCUGUGAUAUCACAUUCCUGACGCUGGGACGACUGAAACAUUAUUUUUCUUCCGGAAGCACUCCGAGUUCGAUUCGUCUCGAUUUUCGGAACCUGAAAUAUUUGGUACUUGACGAAGCGCAGUGUUUUAUACCGGAUGGAGAUAAAAAUGUGGGCGAAUACAAUGCGUUUGGCCGAUUUUUUGAUGCUCUUGUAUGAGGGAGCAUUUUUUUAAUGGGUUUGGGGGUUUUUGAAGCUUUUACGAGGGUUUCCUGAUCUUCAGGGUUUUCGUGGUGGGACCAAAAGUUGUUAUUUUAAAUUCGAUUUUUUUACAAUUCUGGUGUAGUAGUAUUUUUCCAAGACCUAGAAUUAUGUUUCUGAUAAUUUUCCUAAUUUACCGAAGCCAUUUCUAAUUUAGAAAUUUUCGCGGUGGGACCCAAAAUCGAAAUUUUUUAUCCAAUUUUUAGCCGUUCAUGUGAACUCUAACUGACGGUAUAUGACUUCUAGAUGAUACAAAAAAUUUAAUUUAUAAUUUUCAGCUUAAACACUCCGAAAAUUCCGAAUUUUUGCAAACGAUUUUGGUCGGCGCCGAAUUGGAUCUGAAAAAGGUCGCACUGUGCAAACAACUGAUCCGAUCUGAUCAUAUUGCAAUCCACGUGGUCCCAAAAGCCCUGAAAGGCGUUAUCUGUGAAGCCAUCGAAGUUGUAAGUUAUUUUUCCGGGAAAAAAAUUGAUUUUUUCCAAAAAUUUGGCUUUUUAAGCAAAAAAUCUCAAAUUUUCAAAGUUUCUGUGAUGUAAAAACGCUAAUUUUUAUUUCAGAAGCAGCCUGACCACAGAUUCUUGGUUUUUCUCCGAUUUGUACUCGAAUUUAUGGAAGAAAAACGCAAUAUCCCCCAAAAAAUCUUGAUUUUUGUCAAUACAACGGUCCAAGCGAGGAGAAUUUGCUAUGCCCUGAGAGGCAACAACGUCCAAGCUGGUGCCUUGCACUCUGAAUUGACCCAAAAAGAAAGACAGACGGCUUUGACGGACUUUCAAGACGGGACUUUGGAUGUUUUGGUGAGCACUGACGUCAUCUCGGCCGGAAUGAAUUUCCCCGACUUGGAUCGUGUGAUUUUGUAUGAGUUGCCAAGGACAGAGGACUUUCAGUAAGUUUGGAGAGCAGUUUGGGUUGAUUUGGAGGGAUUUGCGUUGGUUCCCAGCGGUUCUGGGAGAAUUCAGGUUUUCGUGGUGGGACCCGGAAAUGUAAAAAAAUACCGAAAGUAAGGCAAUCAAAAUAGUUUUAGCAGAUUUAGAAAGCAACUACGGUCCCCAAAGUUCACAAAAAUGGGGUUUAUAAGGGAUUUUAGAAAAUUCAGGUUUUCGUGGUGAGACCCGGAAAUGUAAAAAAAUAUCCAAAUAAGGCAAUAAAAAUGUUCUUAAUAGAUUUAGAAUACAGCUAUUGUCCCCAUAAUUGAUAAAAAUGAGAUUUAUAAAGGAUUUUAGAAAAUUCAGGUUUUCGUGGUGGGUCCUAAAAGUCAAAAAAUGUGGUGAAAUACAGAAUACAACAGGUUUCCAACCAUUUGAGAGCUUCAGAAGGAUCGCAAAUUGCAUGAUACCGAAUUUUUGGCAAGAUUUGGACCGAUUCAGGUUUUCGUGGUGGGACUCAAAUGUAAUUUCAAAAAGUGUUUAGGUUUCUUUUAAUAUUUGGGGUAUGCAAAAAAUAGGACCUUCUAAGGCUACUAUAAAGUUUUCAGAGCAUACUUUCCGAAAUUGGCUAAAAUACGAGGCUUUAAGAUUUAAAAAAGUCAAAUUUUUGCGAAAUUUUGGUAGAAAACUCGAUUUUUUUGCUCAAAGAGUGAUAUUUUUCGUAUAAGGAAGUUACAUCCUACGUAUUUUAAUUUGUUUUCAAUUUCAGAAAGACGUUCAACCAGAGAGUUGGUCGAAUUGGACGUCUGGGCAAUAAAGGGCAUCUCACUUUCUUCUAUAAUUACCGAGACGAUAAAGUGCGAAGCCCUCAGAUUAGACAGGUAACCAAUUUUGUUGUUUUUCAUAAUAAUUUUUAUUCGUAUUUUAGGUAUUUGAAAAAUAUGGAUCUCCAAUUCCCCCGUUCUUGCAGCCAGACGAAGAAAAACUGUGA